AUGACUGAGAAGUUGUUAAUUAUAGCAUUAAAAGGUGGUAACACUAAGAUCAUUACUUUGAAUGGGAAGAAGAUGAGAAAGAUGCCUUCGGCAUUAGAAAAAUUGCCUAGCUUGAAGACUCUAGACCUUCGGAAUAACCUAAUUCCCAAAGUGUGCCCACAGAUAAGGACUUUGACCCAGUUGGAAGUACUAAAUCUGGGAAAAAACCUUUUAGAAGAAGUUCCAGAAGAAAUGAAAUAUCUCACAUCCCUGAAGAAGCUCCAUUUAUUUGGAAACAAGAUCUGUAGAUUUACACCUGCAGCAUGUGAUGGCUUACAAAAUUUGAUCCUGCUUAAUCUGAACAACAAUCAGCUCACGUGGCUUCCUCAAGAAGUCAGCAGAUUAAAAAGUCUUACAUAUUUGAGUAUAAAUCAUAACCAACUUUCCAGCAUUCCUCGAGAACUUUGUUUCCUUAAAAAUCUUUUCGAUCUUCAACUUAACUACAAUAACCUUAUUUGCCUACCUGAAGAGAUUGGGGUCUUAGAGAAUCUCCAGAAGCUUUUUCUGGCCAGAAACAACAUAGGAAAUUUGCCAGAGGGAUUUUGUCACCUUAAAAAUCUGAAAAUCCUAGACAUAGCUGGAAACAUUAUCCAGAUAUUUCCGUCAGGAUUUCAGAAUAUGAAGCUGAGGGAGUUCUACUGUGAGGGAAACCCACUGUUCCUGAAAGAGCCAUUUUCCACUGAGUACGAGGAGGAUGAUGUCUGGAGUCUACAGGAAAUAACAUCAAGAUUUCUAAUGUGUAUGCUAGAAGAACAGAAUCCUUAUCUAAUACAGGCCUUAGAGUGGUACCCACAGGUCAAGAACAUAAUCGCUCAGAAGAAAACAUGUGUAGCAUGUGGAAAGCCCAUUAUAACCCCAUGGCUGGAAUGUGUCCAAUUUAUUCCACCAUCAAAGAGCUGGAAGACAAGCAAAAAUCUACGGCUGGUACCUCUCCGUGUGUUCGUCUGUUCUCACAAAUGUUUUAAUUGUUCUGACCUUCACAUCUUUGGAAUUGCUCCGGCCCGGGACGGGGGAGGUGCCUGUUGAGAGCCUUGCUCAACCUGCCCACAGCU